CCAGCGCUCUAGUUUGAAAGUAUGAAAUCGGAGCCACUGUUUUACAGAUUUUCAGUUCAGUUUUCCUAAAUUUCAACUUGUUGUGCUUCACUCUUCAAUAAAUCAGCUCUAUGAAAAUUUAAUUUAUGAGCAAAUUUAUUUGGUGCUCCCUUCUGGGGGCACUGCUCAUUUUGAUUUUGUAUGUGGAAUCAACAACAGAGGAAGUAGUUGAACUCAGGGCACUACGAAGGAAAGGUUCAUCAGGUGCAAAAGCAUCCGCCUCAAGACGAAAGGGAAGUACUGCAUCUUCAAAGGCUAAAAAACGCAAAAUGUUAAUCCAUUGCUGUGGAAGUAAUUCAUGCUCCAAAGAACAUAACGUCAGUGGAAAAAACAAGUCCAAAACAAUAGGCCACGGUACUGGACGUUCAGUUUCAUCGACCGUUAUGAAUGGAAUUUUGAAAGGCGAACCUGGCAGUGGAGCAAAUUCCGGGAGUGGUCCUGGAGAUCAGUCCUUAGGUGGAGGAGCAGCUGCCGGAGGUGCAGUAACUGAUCCGGCUGCAGGUGGUGACCCUGCUGCUGCAGACCCUAACGCAGCUGGAGGGGGAAAUCCACCUCCAGUUGAUCCCUCCAACCCUGGCGCCGCAGGUUCAGGAGGGACGGCAGGAGAUCCCGCUGCUGGUGGCACCGGAGGCAAUGUGGUUGCUCCGCCCCCUGCUGACACAAGUGGAGGGGGAGGAGGGGUAUUUGAUGCAGGUUCUCCUGCCCAGCAGCCACCUGCAGACGCCGGAAGCAACCCUGUGGUGGCUCCAGUUUCGGGAGGCUCGUCGGACACCUCGACCGCAGCUCCUGUCGGAGGGGCUGACCUGCCAGCUAACCCUCCACUGACAACAGCGCCACCUUCCGACAGCCAGGCAGGCGCUGCAGGGUCAACUGCAGCUGCCCAAAAUCCAGGAGAUGUGCAGACAACCAUCCCUGGCGCUACAACGGCUGCUGCAAAUGCAGCCCCUCCUAAUUCAGGAAACGUGGCUAACGGGGCAACUACGGUUGCGGCUGGAAAUACGGCUGCAGCCAUCACAAAUGCAGCCGCCCCUACGACUGCAGCUGCACCCAAUAAUGCAGCUGCCGCUACAACUGCAGCUGCUGCUACAACCACUCCAAAGCCUUGCCUUGCCAAGUGUACACAAGCUUGUGCAAAAAACAACACCCUGUUUACGGCAAAUGUUUUAAAUGAUGCUUCUCUUUAUGGAACGUGGGUAACUAAGUGUGGAAAAACGUAUUUGUUUGGAUCGGAAUUGCUAAACUGGCAAGAUAACAUGGCGAAAUGCUGCUCUCUAGGAAUGAAACCCCUGACGAUCGAUUCUUCGACGCAACAAACUUGUUUGGGAGAUUUUGCUAAAACGAAUUGGCUCGGUAACUUUAAUCACUGGAGUUCUGGCACGCGAACCGGUUGCGCCGCCGGUUCAUCCUUUACAUGGUGUCCGUCUGGGGUGGCGGUCAGCAACUCUAUAUUGUGGGACCAGGGCCAACCGGACAACAUGGGUGGUCAACAGACGUGCGCCCACUUAAGGAUCAAUUCUAAAACAAAAACAAUCACUCUGACCGACAGAAACUGCACCGAUUUGUAUCCAUUAGCGUGUGAGGACACAACCGUACGCACGUAUGCUUGUGAUCAGCCGACGUGUCCGUCAACUUGCAACAAGGAUAUGACACUUUUCCAAACUUCUCCGGAUAUUAAAUUAAAUAACCAAGCAUCGUAUGGCAACUGGGCUGAAACCAAAGGCCGCCUUUAUUUAUUCAGCACAGGAACACUAGCAUGGCAGGAAGCUUAUAACACUUGUUGCAAACUGGGAAUGCGACUGUUGAGCUUGGAAACGUUCAGUGAAGCUAAAAAUUUAGCCGGAAUACUCACAUCAAAAUCGACUCUGAAGGGGACUUACUGGAGCUCGGGCACCGACACGGGGUGUGACGACUAUUUUGGUUGGUGCGGCUCUGGUAAGAUUUUCGUGGACGCGGAAAUCACGUGGGCAGCGAAUAUGCCUCGCGGUGCCACCGCUGGUUACCACUGCGCCGCGGCCACGCUGACCUCAGGUAGCGCCAACGUCACACUCGCUGAUGAGACGUGCACUAAAGCGCUGCCUUACAUUUGCGAAGCUCGAAGCACAAAAACGUACAAACCUGGGCAGGCCAUUAUGCAGGAAUGCAUUCAGAAGAACGCAUUAACCUCAAGCGAACAAAGUUUUAUUUCGGCGAUAAACGUGUCAGCAACAAUGCCAAAGAACACAAAAUGCUUUUUAAAAUGUGUUGGAGAGGAGUUGGGAAUAUAUGAAGAUGGUUUACUUAAAGAUGCAGCAAUUUUAAGACUCAUUGAAGAAGUUUUCCAAAUCGAUGAAGCCGGAUUGCUAGAUAUGUAUGAUUCUUUCACUUCGUGCUACGCAGAAAGCGACCCUAACGGAGAUGCAUGCGAAACUGCGUACUUGUUGUUUAAGUGCGCCAUGGAUUACGCGGAUUUCCCCACGUUCAUUUCUCUCAUUGAUGGAAAUUCCACCGCCGAAUUGUCACCCUUGCCCUGCUCACCAACGUGUAUUUAAAAAGAGGAUCAACCAUUUGGAAAAAUUAAAACUGAAGUUAUUCGAAUUGAAACGGAAUUAUUUAUUUCGUACUGAAUUAAGAAAGUUGCCACUUCCACACUUGCGCUGGCAAAUUUUCAGCGUCGUCGCUGUAAACAGCGCAAUCUUUGUACUCGCAGACGUACGAGCUGUAGGCAUAAACCAGCUGUGUCGCAUUUGUACUCACGGUGACGGUAACCGAAUUAGAUGUAGUAGAGAUCACGUCAGUGAGCUCGUAACUCCCGUCGGGAAGUUGAAACUGAAAAUUAAUUAUAUUCAUACCCGGAUUAAUAUACACAUUUAGCAUAAAACCUACUGCGAAUCCCAACGUGCCAACUAAUUUAAUAUUCCUGUCAUACUCAAUAGUCCACGUGCCAGAAGCGUCUCCAACCAAGUUUGUUGGCUUGCGUUCAACAUCAAAUUAAAUUUGUGUGUCCUUUUGAAAAUAUUUUACUUACAACUGGUCCGUAUAAACUAAAGUUUUGGUUGUACAAAAGUUUCUUCGCUGCGUUUGCCAAUCGGUCUGCAACAGUUUGCUUGUCUCGAGGAUGAAUGCUGUUUUUUUUUUUUUUUAAUUUCUGAUUCUUUUUUUUAAAUUUAUAAUAAUUAUCUUGCCUUCCGGUAGGUGAGAAGUGAUCGGUCAGAUCAUAAACCGCUCCCGUGAAAGCUUCUGGAGCCAAGGCGUUGGGCAAAAUUCCGACGUCAAGAGUUUGGUGCCAACGGCUGUCUCCCCAUUUGUAGUUGUGAUUUAUGAAAAGCGGGCCAUUCUAAUUAAAACCUUGAGUAUUUAAUUUGUUCUCCUCAUAUUGUUUGAUUCUUUUGUACUUGAAC